AUGACACAACAGGCAUCUCUCACUUUGAGGCGAGACCACCUCAGCAUCCGGCUAGGCCAAUACGUACCACCGGCAGGAGCAGCAACAGCAGCAGCAGCAGCAGCAGCGGCAGAGACCCCCCGAUCAACGGACAGCGGAUCAACGGUCUCGCUUCUGCAGAGCUCAAGAGUCAAGGCGUUGGAAGUUGGGCCAACGGUGCAGGUGGUGGUGGCCUGGGAUGCGGAGACUGGGGACUUGCCGUGA